AUGAUUCCUGCAGUAUCACCACCACCAUCACAAAAUACCAUUCCACCACCAUCCGAUACAUCUGUUCUUCCAUCUACCACCCCUUCUAAUGUCAACUACGUAUAUCCUCCUCUACCACCAGUCGAUAAUACUAUCAAUGGUCAACGACGACCAUUAACGGGAUAUGUACCUCCAGCAGCUACGCCAGUACCUACGGAUACCAAGAGUCAACUAAAAACGAUUUCAAGUCAUAUCGAAAGUAUUAUUGAAUCGAUUUCGAAACCAUUGAAACCACAUUUACCACGCUUUGGGAGAUUCUUAUUGGUUUCUACUUUUUUUGAAGACGCACUUAGGAUCCUUAGUCAAUGGGAUGAUCAAUUAGAGUAUCUUGUGGAGGAACAAAAGUAUUCUAGAACUUUCGGAUUGAGUUUUUUGUCUUUCAAUAUUAUUGUCAUGGUUGUUUGUUCGAUUCUAGUGAUCAUCAAGAGAUGGUCAUGGGUUUCGUUUCCGGGAUUGAUUAGUGUUAUGAUAGGUCAAGGAAUCGUUUAUGAUUUAUUUACAGAUCUAACUUUUCUUUGUUUAAACACUUCAUUAUUAGGUGGUUUAUUACUAGGAUUAUCAGAUACAUUAGAAGUACCUAAUCAAGUUAGAUCUUUUGCUGGUUUACCAAUCGAUUCAUCUGAUCAUGAUGCUCAAUCUACUCAUCGUACUUAUUUACAAUUAAUGGGUCGGAUCCUUUUGAUCGGUUUCUUUGUCGGACAAAUGAUUUUGACGGGUCUUAGACUUUCGAAUGAGGUGACUCUUCUUACUAUUGGAAUUGCAGCUUUGGCUAUCAUGGCUUGUUUGUUGGUCGUCGUGGGCUUUAAGGCUAGAGGAUCGGCUCUUUUCUUGGUCUUGGUUUCGGCUACUAUUAAUGUGAUGAGUAAUAAUUGGUGGUCGAAACCUAAAGAUCAUCCUGAAAGAGACUUUCGAAAGUAUGAUUUCUUUCAAGUGCUUUCGAUUGUGGGCGGUUUGAUCUUGUUGAUCAAUCAAGGUCCAGGUGGGAUCUCAGUGGAUGAGAAAAGGAAAUUACUCUGA